AGAGGGUAUGAUGGUUCAAAGCAAAAUGAAAGCGCGUAUAGAAAGAUUGGAAUGUGAUAGAGAAGAAGAACUCUCCUUUUUUAGAGAAUUGAAGAAACGCCAGAAUGAACAUAUUCCUAGCUUCUUGCUAUGUGCUUCUGAAGAUUAUGAAUGUGACACUAAAUAUGUUGGUAAUGGAAAGUUUUCACUCUAUAGAAUUCCUUCUGGGAGGAAAGAGCAUGGACUUGAGCUUCUUGAAACAAAAAACAAAAGCGACUUUGAUUGGUUGAAAACACCACCAGCAACUCCUCUGUUUCCAUCCCUGGAAAUGGAACCUAGUGCCAAACUUGUCAUUCAGAAAGAGCUACCUAUUUCUCAGCCUAUCUCAAGAGUAAGUCAUUGA